AUGGAAAACUUUUUCAAGUCUCUCGUCUUUAAGUAUUUUGCUGGAAAGGUUGUCAAAUACAUGUAUGAAGAAAUUUGUGAACGUUUAAAAUCGGCCAGGAAAGAAAUUUUUGAGAAUUCGAUUGGAUCAUCUGUUACCUUAACCUUUUCUGUACAGGAGAUGAGUGUGAUGCUUAAUUCAUUCUUUGAUUUGAAUUGUGAUAUACUUGAGGACGAUUCAUCGCAGAUGAAUACAGACGAAGUUUUGUACCUUUUGGCUGUUGGAAUGACCACGAUUGCCGAGUAUUUGGUCGCUGAGGCGGUAGAGCUUGCAGAGGUACACAGUAAUCAUGAAGUUGUGUCUAUAUCAGCCUUUCUAGCAUGUUGUGACGACGAGGAACUUUGUCAAGUGAUCAGUUUUGGAAGCCUUUUAUAUUUCCCUACAUCAUUUGUAUCACCCAGAGAUUUUAUAACGUUUUGUAAUGAGCAUCCAAUUCGAAUUACUUACUCAUCUCAUGAGAAUCAACUUUCUGAAUUGCCAUGCGAGCUACAUGAAACUAUUCUACAAUAUUUUGAUGAUUUAGAACAAUUGCUAAAUAUGCGGCUAGUUUGCAAAUAUUGGAACGACAUAAUUAUUACUACUGAAGAUAUUUGGAAACACUUGAGCUUUCAUUCAUUAAUACGUCAUUCUUUGUUUGCCUUUGCUACAACCAGUGAUUUGUCUCUUUCAAAUUUUGUUUCUGUUGGGGAAGGAAAGCAAAUAACCAGUUAUAUGGAGUUCUUUUUUGCAAGAAUUAAUCCUUGGAUUCGAACAAAAAGUUAUUUCAUGAGUACCAAUUUCUCAGAGUUGUGUUUUGGUGGAAGCUGCACUAGUUUUGAAAAAGAUGGAACUGAGAUUAAUUUAAUCAAGCAUGAGAGUCCAUCACUAGAGACCCUUAGAGGCCUCGAAAGCUCGAUCUACGUUUCCCUUCAUUCACAAAUUUUACCCCAGCCAGUAAGGGCAUUCAAUGCUGUAACCUUUCCAAUAAUUGGAAAGUCAAAACUUGGUGGUUUUCCCGACAUCCCAAUUGAAUGGGAAUCAUGGUUUUAUAAUUCUGAUAUUUGGACUGCUAAUGACUUUUUCGUAGCUCAAGUUAACUUUGAAGACAUGAAUACUCUUAUUUCAGGUUGCAUGCUUCCUGCACAUGGUAUUUUGUAUAUUUUUAACACGACGGAAGGUGUUGUUAAAACAUACUUUUAUGAAGGUGACAUGACUAAGCCAUGUGACAUGAAUAGAAUUCCAAUGACGAUAAGAAAUUCUAUUUCAGAUGAAUCACUACCAAUAAUAUUUGAGGAUGCAUUGUUCUACUACGCGUCGAUCAUGGAUGACAUGCAGAACUUUGAACGCAUCUUCUCGAUACAUUUAGGUUCAGAUGAUGAGUAUCCCGAUUUAUUCCAAUUCCAAUUCACCCAUUGGAAAGUCAGACACAAUCUUUGUUUCGCUUUUCGUGCAUCCGAGUUCAAAAACAAGAAUUUUCAUUCCCUUCAACUUGAAAAUAGUUUUUUGUUAUAA